AUGAUCGAGGACCUGCGGGUCAAAAAGACAGAGUUGGCUCGAUCCUACAAGGAGAUCGAGAGGGCCAACACCGACCUGGUUGGUGAGAACACGACUCUCGAGGAGAAGAUCCAUGGGCUUAAGGAUGAUCUACUUGCCGCCCAGGUCGACGUCCAAUCUUGGAAGGCUCAGCUCGAGGGGGAGGUCACCUUGACUGGUCGACUAAGGACGGCGAUCAACAACCUCUCGACCUCCUGGGAGCUAGAGCCUGCGAAUGAGGCGGGGGAGGCUGCUCGAGGCGAUGCCCUGGGGACGAUCGACGCCCGAUCCUCUAGGCCUCCGGUGGAGGAUGACGCCGAGCGCAAGAAAAGGCGUGCCUCCACGGAGAAGCAUAAGUCCGCAAAGGACGCAGAGAAGAAGAAGGAAAAGAAGAAGAACCUCGAGCGGCAAGCGCUCGAGGAACGUCGAGCCAAGUCGAGGCACGAGUGGGUCGUCCUUCCUGUAGGGUUGAAGAGGCCAUUAGAGCAGGCCCAACCCUCGAUGGCUAAGAGGCUCAAAGUGGGGGCAAGCUCCAAGGAUCUGGGUUCUCCCGACCCUCGACCGCCCACUGGAGAUGACAAGACCCCACCUCGAUUGUCGGAGGGGGGUGGUGGUUCUGGAAGCGUCUUGCCAUCCCCUGGACAAGGCGAGACGACUCACCUACAAGGUCAGGAGGGAGCCCCCGAGCCGCCCAAGUCGGGGGAGCGGUGGCAGCAGCAGCAAGAGCAGGAGGCACAAGUGCAGCAGCAGCAAGAGGCGCAGGUGCAGCUUGAGGAGCAAUUGGAGCAGCAUCGGCAACAAGAGCUGCCGGAGCUUCAACUGCAGCAGCAGCUGGAGGAGCUGCUCGAGCAGCAGUAA